AACAUACAAACAAACUUCAUUUGAUACUCAUCCUUCAAUACUCCUAUCAAAAGGACUCCUACCAAGAUGGCUCCCAUCCACGUUGGCUGCCCGCUCUUCGAUUACCAGACGAUCGACGUCAUUGGACCAUGCGAUCUGCUCAAUUCCGCGAGUAAGAUGCUCCUGGAGGGUAUCAAUUACUAUGCCCCCGUGGAUCCGAAACUUCUGGCAAAGGCGCCCGAAUUCGUCUUCCACCAUAUCGGAGAGACCAUGGAGCCGGUGCACCUGCUUACAAGCUCUGUAACAGUGGUUCCUACGGUUGCGGUGGACGACGUCCCCGAAUUGGAUAUCCUCAUCGUCGGUGGGGAUAUCCCUGCGAAAACCAAGCUUCCUCCGAAAUUGCAGGACCUCAUUCGCCGCCACGCUGCCUCUGGCAAGUUACUGUUCACGACCUGCACCGGGGCCGCGGUUGUUGCAGCCACCGGCGCUCUAGACGGCAGGAGGGCCACAGUCAAUAACCUCGAGUACAAUUGGAUUAAGAAGAGAUACCCGAAUGUCAAGUGGACAAAGGAGAAGAAGUGGAUUAUUGACCGCAACAUUUGGACUGGGAGUGGAGCUGUGGCGGGGAUGGAUAUGGUCGCCCACUGGAUCAAAGAGACUUAUGGGCUAGACCUUCUUAUUCAGGCGGCAUUGUCGCUUGAUUAUGAACCACGGGAUGUUGACGGACUUUACAAUGUUCUGCCCCAGCGGUACGAUUCGACUGGAAACAAGAUUUCCACGCAUGUCUUUCCCGACGAGAUCUGAGGUAUUUUCAUGCUGAAACUGCAGUUUCGCGUAUUUGACGCCUGGAGCAGGCAUCACUUGUCAAAACUCUAAAGAUGAUGAACCUGUCAGGCUAGAAAGUGUAUCCAUCCUAAAAAGAUCAUCCCAAAGCUUCUCAUCUUCUAUACUCUGGACUUCCGUAGUAAUAGCGCUUUGUAGAGUGGGUAGAUCCUGAGCCUGGGCGACGUGACGGCUCGAAUACCGCACUGCAGGGCAG